ACGGGAAGAGAUGAGUAUCUGAGCUGCUGUUGGAACCCAGCUGAGGACAGGGAGCACGUCACUGCAGAGAGCUGCUGAUGUGGAUGUCCAGGUUCCCACUGCAGUCAUACAUUUGACCCCCCGGCCAGUCUUCCUUGGUUAGAUGGAGGACUGAGAUUCAUCUUCUUGCACUGUCUGAUCUGAAACUCCAUCAGCUGAUCACCAUGAAUGCUUCAAACAACACUCCACUCUGCUACGCCAACACCAGUACCCCAUACAUGUAUGCCCCAGACAUGGGCAAAAUCUACUUCUCAGCCAGCUUCAGCGCUUUGGGUCUGACCUCUAAUCUCAUCGCAUUCAUUGUCCUCAUCAAGUCCUGCCAACAAACCAAAAGCCGCUCCCGCUCUUUCUUCCUGAUCUUCCUGGCUGGUCUUGUGGUUACAGACUUCAUGGGUCUUCUGGUCACAGGCUCAUUUGUCAUCUCCUUCUACAUUACCUGGGUCGAUUGGCGCCAGUUCGACCCUACCUGCCACUUCUGCAACUUUAUGGGUAUGUCGAUGGUCUUCUAUGGAUUAUGUCCUCUGCUGCUUGGUGCCACCAUGGCAGUGGAGCGCUUCGUUGGCAUCAACUGUCCAUUUGCACGCUCCACCAAUAUAACCAAAGGACGGACGGUGUCCAUGGUGCUGAUGGUGUGGUUUUUUGCUGGCUGCAUAUCGCUGUUGCCUCUGAUAGGGUUUGGUAGCUACCAUAUUCAGACGCCUGGCUCCUGGUGUUUUCUCAACAUCAGCCCGGAGAGGCACGACUGGGCCUUCAGCCUGCUCUUCUCCUUUGUUGGACUGAUUUGCAUCGCUGUGUCCUUUUUGCUCAACACAGUGAGUCUGGUGACUCUGAUUAAAGUGUGCUGUGGACCAGACAGGAAUCAGCGGCGCAGAGACCAUGAAGUGGAAAUGAUGGUUCAGCUUAUCCUGAUUAUGACCAUCGCUACUGUGUGCUGGUGCCCAUUGUUGGUCUUCAUUGCCCAAACUGCUUUAUCUGGAAGUCCCAUGAAUGUCCGAUACCURCUCAUAUGGAUACGCUUUGCCACUUGGAACCAGAUUCUUGACCCGUGGGUCUACAUCCUGUUUCGCAGGUCUGUUUUGAAGAGGCUGUACCCACGCAUUGACUUGCCUCAACGGUCCAUCAUGACUUCAUACGCAUCAUUCAGUGAGAACAUGCGCCGGUUCACGCGGCCUUCACUUGGUAACUUAAGCUCACAUGACAAAGAAAAUGUGGAGAAAUCAAAUGUGGCUCCGCCAUCUACAGUAAAGCCCUCUGCAUAAAUGAUAACAGACKGACAUUUGGAUUAAAAUAUAUGCUACUGUUUCUCUUUAAUAAAUUUUCAUGGAAACUGCAAUGAGUAAAAAAUGCAGUGUUGCAUCAGCAAUGUAAAAAGGUUUAAAUGUGUAAUGACACUGGGCAUUUGCAAUGUUUGAUGUUCUCAGUAGUUCUUUUUUCUAAGAUGUAGUUUAUCUUAGUCAUUUACCUCUUCAGCAAGCAGACAGCACUGAUGAUGAAUAUACUCUAAUGGAAAAUGUAACAAGGAAAAAAGACAUUUUAAUUAUUCUUUUCUUUUCACUGUGGUGUACAAAUUACUGUGAUAAUUGCACC